UUGCAAUGAGGUGGAGAGCCCUUGGCGACAGAGGUGGGGGGCCUUCCUGAGGGUCCUCUCAGCUCCAGCAAAGACCCCCCUCUUUGGCCAAGGCUUGCCAAUACCGGCAGAGGGUUUCUAGGAUGCUGUAAGCAGAUCUGCUAGCGGAGAGGCCAUUCCAUGUGGGAGAAGCAUCCCAAGGUUUCCCUGGCAAACUCUGCUUUGGUGGUGACAGGGCGACGGAAGGUUUGCUGGAAGGUGCUUAAACUGAGGGAAAGGUGAUCGCGAUGGUGCAUCUGGGGAAGAACUGGAAGUCCAUGGGUAAGGGCCUCAUCCUGGGGACUCUCCUAACCAGCUUCAUGCUGCUGCUGUACUCCUAUGCCGUCCCACCCUUACAAGUCAGCAUGACAGAGGUCCCAAUCCCCUACUCGUGCUCUUCCUACCCUUCCCAGGCUUGGCUGCCGGCUUUGGCCAACGGUAGCCACAAUCCACAGAAGUGCCAUCCCAAGCUGGACAUCAUGUUCCUGAAGACCCACAAGACAGCCAGCAGCACCAUAAUCAACAUCCUCUUCCGCUUUGGGGAGAAGCACCACCUGAAGUUCGCCUUUCCCAGCGGACGCAACGACUUCAACUACCCCUCCUUCUUUGAGCGGAGUCAAGUGCAGGACUAUCAGCCUGGCAUGUGCUUCAACAUCAUCUGCAACCACAUGCGCUUCCAUUAUGAGGAAGUGCACAAGCUGCUACCGGCCGACACCAUGUUUGUCACUGUGCUGCGGGACCCUGCCUACCUCUUUGAGUCCUCCUUCCACUAUUUUGGGACCCUCAUUCCCGUGACCUGGAAGUUGUCGGAGCACGAUAAGCUGGCCGAAUUCCUGCAGGACCCGUGGCGUUACUAUGAUCCCAAUGGAUUCGGUGCACAUUACCUCCAGAAUCUCCUCUUCUUUGACUUGGGCUAUGACAGUAGCAUGAAUGCCAACAGCCCUCUAGUUGAACAGUACUUCCGUGAAGUGGACGAGCGUUUCCACCUGGUCAUGCUGGUAGAGUACUUUGAUGAGUCAUUGGUGCUUCUGAAGGACUUGCUCUGCUGGGAGCUGGAAGACAUCGUCUACUUCAAGCUCAACGCCCGGAAUGACUCUAGCAUCUCCAGGCUAACGGACGAGCUCUAUCAGAAGGCCACGGCCUGGAAUCUCAUAGACGCCAAACUCUACCGGUACUUCAAUGCCACCUUCUGGCGCAAGGUGGAAGCCUAUGGGCGUGAGAGGAUGGCCAGGGACGUGGCCAGGCUUCAGGAAGAGAAUGAGAAGAUGAAGAACAUCUGCAUUGACGGGGGCCGCCCGGUGGACGCCAGCGCCAUCCAGGAAUCCGGCAUGCAACCGUGGCAGCCGCUUGGCAAAAAGACCAUCCUGGGCUACAAUCUGAAAAAGAGGAUCAACAAGAAGCACCGGAAGCUCUGCCGCAAGAUGCUAACCCCUGAGAUCCAGUACCUGACGGACCUAGGGGCCAACAUCUGGGUCACCAAGCUGUGGAGCUGGGUGCGCGAGUUCCUCAAGUGGUAGGAGGGCUGCACAAUGGCCUACACAAUCCCUGUUCCUGACAAACAUGUGCCCCGACCAAGGGAAAAACCAGGUGCUUUCACUUUGGUCCUCCCAACCAUCCGCCCCCCCCCCAUCCCACACUUCUUAUUUACCUUAGCUGGUCAGAUAUGGCUCCUGCUUGCCACCAGCCAAUGCAUGAACUAGCCUCAGAAUGAAAAGGGACAGCAAGCUUGAGUGGUUAAAAGGAGAGGAAUGGCCAAGCCCAAGGGAGGGCACGAUCUAAUCAUCCAUUUGGGCCCAGGCUGUGCCAGGAGGGGGAUGUUGUGGCACAGACAAGGGCUGAAGUAGAUGGGCCCCCACCACCCCUGGGUGCCAUGCAGAGUCCAAACACUUGAGACAACCCCACUGUUUCAGCUGAGAGCAGAGCAAGCAACAGCAGACAACGGCAUUAGGACACCUCUGCCAAUUUGUAGCAUUUUGCUAACUCUUUAGAGCUCUGAUUUUCUUCCUCUUGACUCUCGUUUCAAACUGCUGUGGACAGUGAUGGAUGAGCUGCCACCACCCUGCUCCUUUUGUCCUCCUGGUCGGGAGAAACUUGGGAGAAGUGGCUGUUUGUUUGUGCUUGUCUGGCUAUUCGCGCAUGUAUGUGUUUGCAUGUCUUGACGGAUGCUCCUUUCUAAAGAAGGGAAGUCAACGCACGUGUAAUUUGCUCACAUCUGCAGGGAUGGACAAAGGAUGUGCUGGGUGGGCAGCACAUUUCUGAACAUGUGCACAAAGACGCAAAUAUUGGACAUCUGUCUAUGGGCAUAUCUAUACUGCGAACUUAAAACUAGUUAAAUCAGGGGUAGCCAACACCUUGCCCUCCAGAUGUGGUUGGACUGCAAGUCCCGUCAUCUCUGACAGGGACAUUCUAAUGGGGGACGAAGGAACACAACAACACCUGGAGAGCAGCACGUUGGCAAACCCGACAUUAAUUAGUUAUUCCCCUGAGAAUCCUGGGUACUGUAAUUCUGUGAGAGGGAGGCAGAGACCCUGGUCAGCAUCCUCACUGUAGUAGAGUUCACAGGAUGGUCACCCGCAGCAGUUAAAUUAAUAGCCAACUGCUAUGCAUGUGUAGUGUAGAUAUUGUCCAUGCAGGGGACUGAAACAUUACUGCGAACAGA